AUUAUUGUCACUGCUCUCCGACCAUGCGUCGUUCCUUCAAACUCUAAUUCUCCAACUGCAACAGUCAGACAAGGCAGAACCGUGGUGUAGAAACACGCACACACAGACAGACACAGAGUGGGGGAAAAGAAGAACCAGAAGAGGAAAAAACAAACACCAUCUGUACAACUGCACGUUUAAAUCAUAAACCAUCAGGAAUUACCAGGAGUGAGAGGAAAAGAUGGAGUAUGAAACUUGCUCCAGUUGACUAAGCAAAAGAAUAUCUGGGAACUCUGUCCAUAGUGCUGGACCAUGGCUUUGUUGAUCUCUUGGUUAUGCAUCACUAUAUGUAUAGACAAGGUGCUGGGGAGCCAGACUGAUGAAGGGAACCUGUACUCAGAAAACAUUACGCGGAUUCUGGACAAGUUGUUGGAUGGAUAUGACAACAGGCUCCGACCUGGAUUCGGAGGUGCUGUUACAGAAGUCAAAACGGACAUCUAUGUGACCAGUUUCGGUCCCGUGUCAGAUGUGGAGAUGGAAUACACAAUGGAUGUCUUCUUUCGGCAGACAUGGAUAGAUGAGAGAUUGAAGUUUGGUGGGCCAACUGAAAUUCUUAGACUGAACAAUUUAAUGGUCAGUAAGAUCUGGACACCAGACACCUUUUUUAGAAAUGGAAAAAAGUCAAUUGCUCAUAAUAUGACAACUCCUAACAAACUUUUCAGAAUUAUGCAGAAUGGAACUAUUCUCUAUACAAUGAGACUGACCAUUAAUGCUGAUUGUCCCAUGCGGCUGGUAAACUUCCCUAUGGAUGGGCAUGCUUGUCCACUGAAGUUUGGGAGUUAUGCCUAUCCAAAAAGUGAAAUUAUUUACACAUGGAAAAAGGGACCUCUGUAUUCAGUGGAAGUACCACAAGAGUCUUCCAGUCUCCUCCAAUAUGAUCUUAUAGGACAAACAGUAUCUAGUGAAACAAUUAAAUCUAACACAGGUGAAUACAUAAUAAUGACAGUUUAUUUCCACUUGCAAAGGAAGAUGGGAUACUUCAUGAUACAGAUAUAUACUCCCUGCAUUAUGACAGUCAUUCUCUCUCAGGUUUCUUUCUGGAUUAAUAAGGAGUCUGUUCCAGCCAGAACAGUUUUUGGGAUUACUACUGUUCUAACAAUGACCACUUUAAGCAUCAGUGCACGCCACUCUUUGCCCAAGGUGUCUUAUGCCACUGCCAUGGAUUGGUUCAUAGCUGUAUGCUUUGCCUUUGUCUUCUCUGCACUUAUCGAGUUUGCAGCUGUCAACUACUUUACCAAUCUUCAGACUCAAAGAGCAAUGAGGAAGGCAGCUCGGGCAGCAGCACUAGCAGCAGCACUAGCAGCAGCAACUGUACCGGCAGAGGACGAAAUUGUCUCGCAUUCUGACUCGAAUUGUAACCUGAAGAAGCGAAUGAACUCCAUGACCUCUCAGAUGGACCAGUCCCCUAAAGCCAGCAUCAUUUCUAACAGUGCAUCUCAAAAUCAACCAACACCUAUUCCCCCACAAGCUCCCCCACUGCCACCACCACCAGCAAUUGGAGGCACCAGUAAAAUAGACCAAUAUUCCAGGAUUCUCUUUCCAGUGGCAUUUGCAGGAUUCAACUUGGUAUAUUGGGUUGUUUACCUUUCAAAAGACACUAUGGAAUUUUUUGAACCCAUGGCAAUGCAUCUUCGGAAUGACCAUCAGCCUGACUAAUAUAUGGAACAUACGUUUGACAAAUCAUUGGCCAUCAUAUAUAGCUUAGUGACUUCAAACGAGGAGUGUCUAUCUCUGCCUGCUGUAAAUGUAAUAUAUAACGUAUUUAUGUGGGACACCAUCUGGAAAUUUAGGCUCUUGGCCACUUGAAGGGACAAAUUCUGUACAAAGUUUUGAAGUGCUGAUUUGGAGUGCAAUCUCAAUUUCUUGUUUUGUUAAAUCACUUAUGACUGAGAAUUAUAUUUGCUCUAUUAUGACUAUUUUAAGAUAAAUCUUAAAUCAAAAUUGAUAUUCCUUGUAACAACAUCUCCUCUAAGUACUUUAAAGAGUACUAAUGAAAACCUGAUUCGGAGGUAGCAUGCAUAGGCUUGGCUCCACUGCAGUCAAUGGGGCUGUUGUAAAUUUACACCUAAUAUUUGCUGAAGUGUUCUGUCAGAGGGCUGAACCAUAUCAGUUUUUCAUGAUUAAUGCUAUACAUUUGUCUGUAUCCUAAUUUUUAUCAUCUCAUUUAAAUGUAAAUUUCAAAUGAAUAUUCAUACACUGUUAUAAAAAUACCAGACAACAUAUGCCAUGAUGAAGGAAACAGGUCAUAUAAAGCAUGACUUAUUAAUCUGAUCUGUUUAAUGACAAUAUUGCACUUUAUCUUGCCUAUAGUUGUACACAGAAAAAGUACUACCAGCUCAUUUGGCAUCACAUUUAGAUUUGAAGUUCUUUAUAAUUUGAUUCAUGCUCCCAUAACAAAGAAAGGUCUAGCCAUUGUUGUAGUGUUUAUGUUACUUAUUUCUUUUUUCUGACAUUUUAUUAUAUAUCUACUCUUCAGCUCCAUUAUCUUUGUUAUUUAAGAAUAUAAUUGGAGAGAACUUAGUCAAAUAAAACCUGAACCUUCUUUCUAGCAAGUCCACUGGAUAUGGUAGGCGUUGAGAACAAGAACAACAGGCAGUAGAAAUGAACUAAAAAUUUAUAUUGAAUUGUUGUUAAUCUAAAUGCAAUUAAAAUUAAUGGAAUGAUUAGCUGCUACAGUUGUUCAUAGAUUCAUUGCUAAAGAUGUUUUGCUUAUAUAAACCAAAUGUCUUUAUCAUGCUGAGUUUAAAUUCCGGGACUAGAUUCUCUACUCUUAUAAAUUGUCAGUUUCUCACUUACUUCUCUGGAGCUCUGGCAAUUUACACCAAUUUAGUGUCUGACUAUUUUCCUUCUGCUUCAGUAUGUAUGUAGCUUCUCAUGGUCUGGCAACCAGA